UGUUGAUGGGUGCUGUUCUGACUUUCUAGAUGAGUAUCCUUCCACCCAUUUGCCAGAUGAGGCCGCUACGGCCCAGGGAGCAUGCCUGCUUGAGAGGUCCACCCAUUCCCGGCCCCCCUGACGCUGCUGCUCGUUUCUUGUCCCCGCAGGUUUGGGGCGCCCGCCCCCCACUAGGCCAAGUGGAGGGGGUGCCCCCACCCAAUGGGCCUGGCCAGGGCCCUGCGCCGCCUAAGCGGCGCCCUGGAGUCAGGAGAGAGCCGGGCGGUCGAUGAGGAGGAGGCCGGGCCGGGGCUGUGCCAUAACGGGUGGGCGCCGCAGCCGGUGGGACGCCGGCGGGGGCGCUUCGUCAAGAAGGACGGGCACUGCAACGUGCGCUUCGUGAACCUGGGCGGCCAGGGCGCGCGCUAUCUCAGCGAUCUGUUCACCACGUGCGUGGACGUACGCUGGCGCUGGAUGUGCCUGCUCUUCUCCUGCUCCUUCCUCGCCUCCUGGCUGCUCUUCGGCCUGGCCUUCUGGCUCAUCGCCUCGCUGCACGGCGACCUGGCCGCCCCGCCGCCGCCCGCGCCCUGCUUCUCGCAGGUGGCCAGCUUCCUGGCCGCCUUCCUCUUCGCGCUGGAGACGCAGACGUCCAUCGGCUACGGCGUGCGCAGCGUCACCGAGGAGUGCCCGGCCGCCGUGGCCGCCGUGGUGCUGCAGUGCAUCGCCGGCUGCGUGCUCGACGCCUUCGUCGUGGGCGCCGUCAUGGCCAAGAUGGCCAAGCCCAAGAAGCGCAACGAGACGCUCGUCUUCAGCGAGAACGCCGUCGUGGCGCUGCGCGACCGCCGCCUCUGCCUCAUGUGGCGCGUGGGCAACCUGCGCCGCAGCCACCUCGUCGAGGCCCACGUGCGUGCCCAGCUGCUGCAGCCUCGUGUGACCCCAGAGGGUGAGUACAUCCCGCUGGACCACCAGGAUGUGGACGUGGGCUUUGAUGGUGGCACCGAUCGCAUCUUCCUCGUGUCUCCCAUCACCAUCGUGCACGAGAUCGACUCUGCCAGUCCUCUGUAUGAACUAGGACGUGCCGAGCUGGCCCGGGCCGACUUCGAGCUGGUGGUCAUUCUCGAGGGCAUGGUUGAGGCCACGGCUAUGACCACACAGUGUCGCUCUUCCUACCUCCCUGGUGAGCUGCUCUGGGGCCAUCGUUUUGAGCCAGUCCUCUUCCAGCGUGGCUCCCAGUAUGAGGUCGACUAUCGCCACUUCCAUCGCACUUACGAGGUCCCAGGGACACCCGUCUGCAGCGCCAAGGAGCUGGAUGAACGGGCAGAGCAGGCUUCCCACAGCCCCAAGUCUAGCUUCCCUGGCUCUCUGGCUGCAUUUUGUUAUGAAAAUGAACUUGCUCUGAGCUGCUGCCAGGAGGAAGAAGAGGAAGAGGAAACCAAGGAGGGGGAUGGGGCAGAGGCAGAAGAUGAGGCUGCCAGCCCCCGAGUACUCACACCAACCCUGGCGCUGACCCUGCCCCCAUGAUGUGAGCUGGUGUCUCCCUAUUUGUACUCCCUUCCCAGAGGUAGCAAGAUGGAGAGAUUUGGCCCUCUCCUGGGAUGGGGGCAGGUAUUUCCCAAGACCAACAGGCCUGCUGGAUAAAUUAUUAGCUGGUGAAGCUCUGCCAUGCCUAGUGGACCCACCACAGACAUACUGGACCUUAAUUCCUCUGCAUUCCAUGCUCCCUCUUGAGACCCCUUUGUCAGCCCGAUUCCUGAGCCUCACCAGAGCUGAGGGAUCCAGAAUUCUGGACCACCCGAGAGGCAAGGACCGGUGGUUCCAGAUUCCUCUAUAUGGCUGACUUGGGUUGUUGAGCAGGGUCAGGAAUCAAUGGUAUAGACUGUCUCUGGGAGAGGAAGUUGGCAGUUCUUGAGCAGCAAUAGAGAUGGAGAGUUUGUAGCUCUGGAUUGACCAAAGAUUCAAGGGACUGUUGCUUCUAGACUCAGCCAACCAAGUAGCAAAUCAUUUUUUCUACACCACCUAAGGAGGGAAAGUUAUGGAAUGCCCCAAGAAUUCAAGACUAUCUUGAUUGACCAAUGAC